GUAGUGAGGAGAGCCCAGUCCAGGCAGCCAGCAACCAGCGCGUCUCUGCCUACCAAUAGGCAUGCUCGGCUCAGGCUUCUGUGCAGUGCUCUCAGUCUCAGCAGCUAAAGCUGGGCGCAGGGGAACUGCGACGGCCGCGCCAAGCAUCUUCCCAGUGAUGGCCUCUGCUGAGCAACCGUGCUCCUCCAGCUUCCACCAGCAGCACUGCGCAUAAGGCAACACACCCACCUUUGCCCUCCUGCCCAGAAGUGAGAGAGACACCACCAUGUACAGUGUGGAGGACCUCCUCAUUUCGCACGGAUAUAAAUUGCCCAAGAGCGGCCCUCCGUCUGCCACGCCUUAUGACAAGCGCCCUGCUGAUUGCCAGCGUGAACUUGUGGACAACAGGGCUGGCCGGGGGACACUGAACGGGUAUGAGGCGGACCGGGGGGCAUCUAUCACAGGCAUCUAUGGCAGCAGGCAGGCACUGGUGAAGGGCUACCCCGCCACCGACAACGAGAUCGGAGAAAGGAACCUAAGGAGAAAAGAAGCCGGUAUCGGUAUCCUAGGUGACGCUCAGCCCUUGGGUGAUUCUCUUGCCACAGAUAGUGGGUUCUACGAUGUUCCCAGUUUGACUUAUUCAGAGCCGUUGAGCUAUGACGAGAGGGAUGUUUCCUACUGGCGGAGGCGAGGCCAGGACUUCAGCAUCCUCCUGGACUAUGCUGAUGGCAGGGAGCUGAGGGCCUCUGCUGGCGCAUGGAGGCCACAGGCCCUGAUUGCAGCAGAGGAACACAGAGCAGAGAGGCAAGCGCAGCAGCUAUGGGAGGACAUUUCCUGGCUAAGGGACCUGGACGCAGCCCCUGGUCAGCUAAGGGUGACCGGGGAGAGGAAGUGCCAGAGCCUCGGUACAGAGGAGUGGAGGCCUGCUGUGGGCCUGGGAAGGCAGCUGUCAGAUGGGGAUGGGGAGAGGUGGGCUCAUGACCAGUACCGCCUGAGGACGCCGGAGGGUUUUUUUCACCCUAGAACUAAAGCAAAGUCUCAGUCUCUGCCCAGAGUUUUGUCACCUGAUGGAGUUUGCAGCAGAGAGCUCAUUCCAUCCAGGCCUAGCCUACCUGAUAGACAGAGGAUAAGCAGCACUGUCUUCUCUGGGCCCUAUAGUAGGUAUAUCUAUAGUGGUGCUGUUGUCAGGGACCGGUGGGGUAGGAACGCUGGGCCAAGCAGCCAUGUUGCACUUUUACCAAAGCCCAGGUUCAGCAGGCCCUUAAAGCCUCCGUCAUAUGAGAUUCACCAGCAGACUAGGGGUAGCGCAGAAAUGCUUGCUAUAGAACAGGGUGCCAAACAAAAAGAGAGGCCUAUUUAUUAUCAUAGGGGAGGGGAGCUGAGACAAGACUAUUUCGCACAACACUCUGCCAUCUCUGGAAUGGAGCCCCCUGGCUACAUCCCACCCCCAUCUUAUAGAAGAGCCCCACCCCCAAGAGCAGUUUCAAUCAACCGCAAUGAAAUGGCAAACUUAAGAUGGAGGGCGGAAGCUCUGCAGAUGCCCAGCUCAGAUCCUGGAAGGUGGUUUUCCAGACAGGCAGGUGGUUCAUGGCUGGAACAUUAUGGAGAUCGUGGUGCGUCCUAUCGAAAACAGGUACAUUCUGGACAUGAAGAACAACCAGGUCAUGCCCGUCAAUUACCAACUGAAGACGCAAGAGUGAAACAAAUCUCAGGAGGGCCUAGCGGAAGUUCUCUCACCGACUCAGACAAGAUCCGUAACAUCAACAAAGAGACUCCGUCUGCUAAGAUUUUAGGACAAUCUCCACAUGAUAGUGCCUUUCCUCCCCAACAGGGGUCAGCUCUAAAUACUGAGAGCCGCAAAACAGCUCUCACUGACAAUGACAGCAGUAAUCGAUGGUGCAACAGGGGAAUAAACAAAAAAGUUGACAGUGUAGCUCCUGAACAAAAUCGUAGUCAGUUUUUUCCUUCAUCUAUUCUGGGUAAACCACCACCUCCCCCAUGCAAGCCGGCUGACCAGGGUGUCUCUGAAACUGUGACAGAAGUAAAAAAGGUGGAACAACCUGAACCACCAGAAAAAGACAAAUCCAAGAAUCUAAAAAAGAGACUUAGUGAGACAAUUUUUUGUUUGGUGUCUGUCCCUGUUACUCCGCAGCUCAGUGGGACGAUCCGUGAUCAGAAUAACAACAAUGAGAAGUCACCAGACCCAGCGGACAGUCCUAGUGACAACAAAACUGGCCAUUUAACAAACCAAAGUCUCCAAAGCACAUCUUCAGCUGAAGCUGAGCUGCAAGCACUGACUGGUAGCAUAGCAAGCAGCAAAACAAGCAGUAGAGCGAGCAGCAAAAUGUUUAAAAGAGUACCCUGUAGACCCCCUAAGAUAAACCAUUACAAGGAGAUGAAACUGACGGGAACCUGGCCUGCAAACCAGUAUCGAGACCAGGAGACACAAACUAGCCCCGAGGCCCGAAAACCUGCCCCUGAAAACAAGGAAGCACAACAAGACCCUGUCACUCCCAGCACUGAAGUCCCUCCUGAUAGCAGCGGUGUAGUGGGCACUGCCUUCAGUUUUCCUAUAAAGGGAGUGAAGAGCCUGAAACUCUCAAGCAACAGCGCCUUCUCCCUGACAUCCACCUUCUCCAACCAGCUGAACAAGAGCACAGCUCAGCAUCCAGCAGUACCACCCUCAGGAAAUGUGGAGGAGACCAAACCAGCAGCAAACAGUGGGCAGGAGGCAUUUGAUCAGUUCCUGUUGAAACCGGCCAGCCAGCGACCAUGGGAUGCUGUCAAAGAGCUGGAGACGAUCAAAAAAGAAGUCCAGGAUCAACAGCAGCAACAGAGCAGCAAACAGCCCAGCGUUGACAAGUGCAUAGAGGACCUCAACGAGGCCUACAAAGACAUCUUGGAGCUAGGCACUGCCAGCAAUAAAGUCCCAAAUGGUUCUGUUCAAAUUCCUGAGCGUAUCAAAAUCCGAUUGACAUCAGAACCUCUCAACAAGCCCAGCAGCCUUAGGCGCAGUGCAGUAAGCUGGUCUGUUGACCCAGAAUACAGGGAAGUCAAGAGUGCCUUCUCUAGGCCUGCAACAAAGUCGGUAACCUUCAGCAAGCAGCUUAGAGAGGAGCUCCCCGUCCCACCUCGGGAGACAGGCUUCAGAGAAUACAGGGUUGUUGCGCAUCUUUCGCGCAGACGGAGCAACGAUGGCAGGACAGUGAAACUAGACCUGCCAGAUGAGCCUAUUGAGACACCACUUUGUGACUUUAGUCCAACCACACGCACCGCAGCAGCUGAGGUGCCGUGGGCAGAUAGACAGCCCAUGCAGGAUGCCUCUACGCUCACUAGUCCUCCUGAUUAUGAGGACAUAUGCCAGACUUUGCGUCAGACUAGAGACCCGGCGGAUGCCAAUAAAGCAUCCGCAGGCAAUUUUAAGCCUAAUGACGCAGAGCCUCUUCAAGAUCUCAGUGCUGAAUCAGAGGAAGAGUGCCCUAUUUGUAAAAGGGAGCUUGAGAAUCAGAUGAGACAGGGCCCAUUGCCUCCACUUCAUGAGGAGAACAGCUCGGACAGCUCAGCCAAUCAAAAUGGCAGUCCACCACAAUGCGCUGCGUUAGAAAGUCCAGCAGAAGAUAUAAAAACAGAGGAGCCAAAAGACUCAAGUUUUAAUCAGUCAGGGUCUGACAUGUGUACUGAAACAAGGGAGCAGCAUUCAUUGACACAGGAAAAUGUGGGAGGGGGUGGAACUGCAGACAAUGCUCAGGCAGAAAACUUGGACAAUUUGGGCAUAGUUAAUCUUGCUGAGAGCAUACCAGCGAAUGGAGCUACAGAGGAGAGUGCAUCCACGUUAUUAGCAACUGAUGUGCCUGCAGACCUCCAAGUCACAGAGGAACAGAGUGUUAGUGAAACAGUGACAAAGGAAGUAGACUUAAGAGAGAAGGAAGCCAUUACAGGAGAAACACCUGAAGGCAGUGCAGACAAACAGACAGCUAAAGAGAAAAGUGAGUGUGAGGGGCAAGACAGUACAAUGCCUGAUGACAAGCAGGAGCAAGAAAAGAAGCCAUUUACUGUCCCAGAGCAUAGACUUGGUUUACGGACUCAUCUGGGGCGAGACCACCCAGGGUUACCAGAGUUUCCGCCAGAUAGACUGCCACUCUCAGUUCCCCCAAACCUAGACCGCAGGCUGUCUCUUAGCUUGGAAGGGGAGAGAAAGAGCAGGGGACCCUCCAACCGAAUCGAAGCAUUGCAGAACAAGCUGGCUAUCUCUCCAGGUCGGGUGGCAGUUGAGCGUAUGGCCCGGAUGAGGGAGGUGGACGUUAUGUAUCGUAUGAGGCGCCUCAGCAUCAGGAGUACUGACUCUGGGGAGGGGGAGGCUGAGGCAGAGACAGAGGGGGAGGGCAAGGACGAACAAGCAGAGGAGCCCCAUCCUGCUCCUCAGAGAGACAAGGAGAACGAUCAAGAGGUCACCCAUUCACAGCAGGUCUCUGAGGAGACAGUGUUGCAAGAUGAGGAGGAGUCAUCUCUCUCAGAACCCAAUGAUCCCAGCCGAGUGGAGACAGUGUAGAAAGACUGCGUCCAUCAUCUCCAUCUGAGGUUUUUAGCUCCAACACUGUGACCUGGCUGCCUACUAGAAUGCCUUCAUCUCAUCUUGACACUGAAAUGGCCUUCUUGUCCGACAAGAGCAUUGUGUACACCCUCACCCUCGGCGCUGCGUUGACUACUAAGAGUGCUGUUCCACUGCCAAAGGGAGGUGCCCCUUUAAGUUGUGGGGCAACUUCCACCCUGGAUCCCUCCCCAGCCUUCCCAAACUGACUUCCCACUACCCCAUCCGUCCUCCAUCCCCAAGCUCAUCCUCUUAUAGGGUUCCUAAUAGUUAGUCUUCUUGUAGCGGCUUGUCCUUUCUAUUCUAUCCUCCCUAUGCUUUUCUCAUUGGCAGACAUUAUGCAAUUCUGUCGUGCAUACUAGAACUUCUAAAAUGUCCAUAGUGAAUACAGUCGAGACAUUUUUUGCAUACUGAACGAAUCUGUUUGUUUACAGGUGAACUGUUAAGGAUAUGAAUGUAAGCAUUUAUGUUGAACCUAACGUAGACAUAGAAGGGUUAUUGUCACAAACCUGUUCUGUUGCAUUUAAACUACACCAAAAUAAACUGCGUAUCUGAUUGUCGUAGUGAGGCGACAGCUGUUUUAGAACUGGACAUCACUGUCUCUGGCUCAAGAACUGUUUUGAUUUUCAGAUGAGAUCAAUCAGCCUUUCUUUUUUUAAAAUUGAAUGACAUUGUGCCCUGUCUCAUCGCUUUUGUACACACUGCAACCAUAACCCAUAGAGCUCUUCAGUGAAGAGUGACUCUGCACCACUUGACAUGAUAGAUCAGUGAUAUUAUACGAUACAUUGGUUCUACGCCGGAGAGGGAGAGUUGCCUUCUUUAACCAGAUGUGUGUUCAUCCCCUGAUCAAUCCGAUAUAUAGCUCCCUUUUUCCAGGUAAUUUCAGGAAGCAAUAAAGGCACGGAUUGAGUUUAAGUGGUGGUCAGCAACUUUGAUUAUGACUUUGAAAUUAAAGAUGGAUAUAGGGACAUAGAAAAAAAGAUACGUAGAGCAAUAUUGUUGUACAAACAGAUCAGUGGUGUAGUGGAGCUACCUGUAGGAACCAUUGUCAGGAGUUUUAAUGUGAACGUGUCAUUUGAAUCAUAUUACAGGGAUAUGGAAUCGUGUCAGGGUAUAUGGGCGCUUAACAUGGGGCGGGUGCUUUACUUCAUGGUAUAUAUCUAUGUUCGUACAUCUGUAUCGCAAAGAGACGACAUUUCACGGAAUAUUUAUUUUUCUUAUCAUCGAAUUGUUAAUCAGUUUGCAUAAUGUACAAAAUAAAGUAUAUUUUAAAUAUUUUAAGAGAUAUUUUGUAUUUAACCAUGAAAUUUUAUUUCUCCACACUUAUAUCAAGCUGAAAGUAUCAUAUGUCUGUAUAGUAUCAUAUUGAGAGUAUACAUAAUUUUCUAGUGCUUUAAAAUCUAAAAGACAGAGAGAGAGAGAGAUAAGAAGGGAUGGCCCUGUGGUGUGCCUUGAUCACACGAUUCGGUUUCAGUGAGUGAUAGGGUUCAUCAGUGCCAGUGUUGAUGGGAUGAAAACUUUUUGAUUGUGCCAUGAUUUGAUAGUGCUUUUUUCAUACGCUAACAAAGUUAAUGUUGGACGCUCCGUGUGAUAUUUGAUACAUCAGUCCAUCUCAGCUGUAUUUCCUCUGUUGGUGGUCAGACAUGGCCUGUGUCUUAUUUUUGUCUUUGUAUGUCUUCCAAUUCAAAUCAUGUAUCGUUCUGUUGUUGGUUCCUCGAAAACAUGUUUAGAAAUAAAAUUGGGAAAUGUUUUUCUUUUUCCUUCCUUACACCCGUCCUUUUCUUCUUUCUGUCCUCCUCUUAACUUUCCCCCUUUCUUUCUUUGUUUCAUUCAUUACACAGUGUGUUCAUUCUGUGUAAAUUCUUUUGCUGUCUCUAUAAUACUUAUUGCACUAAAGGAUACAAUGUGGUAUGCUACUUUUGGCAAAAAACCACGUAUGUGCGAAAUGUAUGAAAAAACUUUUUUUUUAAUACAAGUGUUUUUAAUACAUUUUAAAUCAUAACCUAAAACUUAAAUAAUGAUAUAAAAAAUCUUGUGGAUGAAAACAAUUUUGCAGUUACGUGGUUUUUUGACAACAGCAGUGCUCCAUUGGUGUAACGCAUCUCCAACAGAUUUGUAAGAAAUUCAUCACUGUUUAAUCCCUCAUCAAGUAUCACUUAAUUGUUAUGUAGCAUUUUACAGUUGUAGCAUUUUAUCGACUCAGAAAUCUGUCUUAGAAUUUCAAACAUUUCUUGUAAAUUUUGAAUAUUCAUGUCGCCUUAUUAUGUGUGCAUUACAUUAUACUCCAGGCAAUGCCAAAUACUAACGUACUAAGCACUGUUUCAUACCUUAGGUUUUUACAACUUACUGUUCUGCCACGCCUCUGGCUGGAGAGGUACAGUAGCAUUGUGGAUAGUUUCUGCUCUUCAUGCUGUUUAUCUGUAGGAACAUUGAAUCAAAACUGUGAACUUCAAAUAAUACAAAAAGCAUAAAAUCUAAAAAGAACAGGAUGAGAUUCAGUGUUUUCAAGACAAGCCCAUAGUCAGCAUCACAGGGAGGACAAGCUGGCACGCCCAUAAUUACUGACACAUCUCAUUUUCAAUUCAUUUUGAAGACUGAAAGGCCUCACCUCAGUCUUGUGUGUAAACUGCCCCUAAUGACAUUUAAAUAGCUAUUUCAGUACAUACGCCCCCCCCAAUAAUUGGCAUGUCAGGUACACUUGAACAUAGUGUCAUUUGACUUUUUGUACUGCAGGUUAUGUGCAACAUGAAGUAAUUAUGCACACUUGUAAUAUUUUCUAUUUUCAUAUGAGAUUUAAGUGCUUUUUGUACUCACUGACAUCUUUUUUUCUUCCUUGCAUGAAAUGCAAGAGAGGAGGAAGAAAAAAAUGUUUUUCAUAAACUAUAUUUGCAUUUGGUACUCCAAUAGUAAAACCGGUGGGCAAAACAUUAUGUUUCAUAAUUUAAUUUACAAAACUAUGCCAAGUAUUUAAAAGCUAUUUUUAGAGUAAAUCAAAAGAGAACUCAUUCAUUUUUUUUCCUUUAAGACAUGCCUUUAUCUUUGUAUCUAUAAAUAUGAGCAUAAUCCAUAGUCAUAUGAUUGUGCUACUGUUGUAUGAUACUGCAGUCUGAUUCAUAAAUAAACUCUUUGCAUGAAA